AUGGCUUUCGCAAUCGACUCAAUCGAAAUAAACAUGUGUUCAGCUCCCGGAUGCAAACGUGAUGCAAAUGCUCUGUGUUUACAUUGUGAUAAGCACGUUUGUACAAAGCAUUAUUUAGAACAUGUCAAAAUAACGAACGAUGAACUGCUUCCACUAGCUGAUCAAUUGAACACUAUUAUUAACACUCUUCAAGAACUCAAUGUGAUGGAAGCUUCGCAGGUCGCUAUUGAACAACUCGAAUAUUGGCGUCAAGACAGUCAUGAACGUAUUGAUAAACUAUUCGAAGAGAAAAAACGAUUUGUUCAUAAAAUUAUACAGUCGAAAUUAGACGAAGAACGAUUGUUUUCCAAACAACUCAACCAUGUCAUACAACAACAUAUCGAACAAUCCGAUGCAUCAUAUCAACAAGUCGAGAAAUUCAAAAAAGAUACUGGCACUCUCACCGCGCGCUGUACAAAUCUGACCCAACCAGAUUUUUGUCAUGUCGAUAUAGAACCGAUCGAAUUACGUUAUCAUUCAUUGAAGAUUCAAGUACGACAGUGCAGCUAUUUCACUGGUGAUGGAACACUUCUUUGUUUCGAGCAUCAAGUCCUUUUGAAUGAAUGGGUUGGCCUCAAGGAACAAAGAUGGCAAUUAGUUUACAAAGCCAAACGUGAUGGAUUCAAAACUGAAGAUUUUCAUCGUUGUUCGAAUAAUCAGGGACCCACAUUGACUGUUAUUCAAUCGAAAGAAAACGGAUGGCUUUUCGGCGGAUAUACAUUUCAAUCGUGGACAUCAUCAGUGCAGUACGUUGAAGAUAAGAACAAUCCUUUCCUUUUCACUCUUAUCAAUCCACAUAAUAUUUUACCGACACAAUAUUUCAUCCGACCAGAAUAUACAGAGUUUGCAGCAGUUCACGGUGAUAUGUACGGUCCAACAUUCGGAGGAGGUUUUGACCUCCAUGUAUGUAAUGAAAGUAACAAAGUAUUGGGAAGUUACUUCAAAUUUCCCGUGUCGUAUAGUGAUACAACUGGUAAAGGUGCAUUGACAUUCACUGGUACCGAUCAAUUCCAAACGUCUGAUAUUGAAAUAUAUCGAUAUGAUUGA